ACUUUGACACCGCCAGAGCGCUCACUGCAGAGUAGAGCAGGCUUUCAAAACAUCGAGGAUUAUGUCAGCUUUCCAACGCACCGAGGGACGCUUAAAACACCGGCGCAGCGCAAUCAGCGCAUAUUCACUGCUUCCGCUUUAGCUCAGCAGACACACAAAUCGCUGUGUUUAACACAUGCUUUGCUGAAAUCUUUCUUACUAAGCUGCUGCUGCUUCUGGUCCAUCCCCAUCCUUUCCCCCCCAGUCUUCCUGCUCCUCCUCCUGCUGCUCUCGCCGUCCCGUCGCCAGGAUGGAAAAGACGCUCUGCAGUCCGCAUCCCGGGACCAACAAAACCAACUCCUCCGCGUCGGACCACCGCAGGAGCCCAUCGUCUAGGAAGCCCACUAGUCGGAGUGGGUCUCACAGCCCAGGCUCCGGCUCCCUGGGAAGCUCGACUGGAGCAGGAGGCAUCCGGGGAGGUGUGCAGGGCAACAGCAUGAAUUUGCAGCAGCAGCAGGCGCGCAAGAGGCAGCUGGAAGGAGUGCUUAGCAAAUACACCAACCUGAUUCAAGGAUGGCAAAACAGGUACUUUGUGUUAGACCCAGAGCUGGGCCAGCUGCAGUACUUCAUUAAUGAGCAGGGAAAGAGCCAGAAGCCUCGUGGGUCCCUGCCUCUGAUCGGUGCCUCGGUAACCACAAGUGACGAGGCUCCACACAUGUUCAUUGUAAACUCUGUCAAUGGGGAGCUGUACAAACUCAGAGCUUCGGAUGCCAAGGAGCAGCAGUUUUGGAUCAGUCAGCUUCAAGCCUGUGCCAGACGCCACUCCGACAGCAGUGCCAAGGUGAGGAAGUUGAAGGGCUCAGAUGAACACCUGAGUGUGGAUAAAGCAGGAGCAGGAGGAGGGCAGGAAGUGCUGGGCUCCUCAUCCUCAGGUCGGACCCGUAGUUUCUCCCUCCUCCCCCAUCUAACUCCAUCUUCAUCCCCGAGUUCCCAAAGGCACCCAGGGCACACAGCCUCACCCAGCAACAUCGUCACCAUCACCCACCACAAAUCUCCAGCUGCAGCUCGGCGGGCCAAGAGUCAGUAUCCAGGACGACUGUUGGAGGUGAAAGAGGUGAUGUCCCAAGCAGAGGGCCAACAGAAGAACCUUGUCCAGUCCAUUGACUCCCUACCCACCAAAGGUCCACUUUCCUGUCUGGAUCAGGACCUGCUGCUUCUCAAAGCCACGUCAGCUGCUACACUCAGCUGCCUGGGAGAAUGCCUGAACAUCCUCCAACAGACUCAGAGCCGCAGCCAGGCAACGCCUCAAUCCCAGGCCUCCCAGCGCAACCACACUGGCCACGGAGCCCCCUCCGAUGGUGUUCCUGUGUGGACUGUACCAAAGUCGCCCUCAGGGGAGCAGCUGAAGAACGGCGGUCUGACUCCUCUACGGUCAGCCGAGCCCUCCCCGGCUCUCAGGAAAAGGAGUCUGUCCCAUGGUGCUGAGCACCAUGCAGGGCUGGAGGACAUCAGCACCACUGAGGAGGUGACAGACACAGAGGACAAUGAGGAGGAGGAUCUGGGCGUCCUUGACGACCAGCGGAGCAUCAUUCUCCACCUGCUCUCCCAGCUCAAACUGGGCAUGGACCUCACACGAGUGGUGCUGCCUACAUUCAUUCUGGAAAAGCGAUCGCUGCUGGAGAUGUACGCCAACUUCAUGGCCCACCCAGACAUGUUUCUGUCAAUCACAAACGGGGUCACGCCUGAGGACCGGAUAGUCCGCUUUGUGGAGUACUACCUGACCGCCUUCCACGAGGGGCGGAAAGGAGCUGUGGCCAAGAAACCCUACAACCCUGUAUUGGGGGAGACCUUCCACUGUUCCUGGGAAGUGCCUCGGGACAAAGUCAAACCCCUGGUCAGAUUGAACCAAAGCCCAGCUCGGGAGCCCGGCAGGGGCCCCAACAACACACAGCAGGGCGAGGAAGCGCUCGGAGGCUGCUACAGAGUCCGAUUUGUGGCAGAGCAGGUGUCCCAUCAUCCACCUGUGUCAGGGUUUUACUGUGAGUGUCGGGAGCGAAGGAUGUGUGUCAACGCCCAUGUGUGGACCAAGAGCAAGUUCAUGGGCAUGUCUAUAGGUGUGUCCAUGGUGGGAGAAGGAGUCCUGUGUCUCCUGGAGCACGACGAGGAGUAUGUCUUCACGUUGCCCUGCGCCUACGCCCGCUCCAUCCUCACCGUGCCCUGGGUGGAGCUUGGGGGAAAAGUCUCCAUCAACUGCGUCAAGAGCGGCUACUCGGCCACAGUGACCUUUCACACAAAGCCUUUCUAUGGAGGGAAGGUGCACAGAGUGACAGCAGAGGUCAAGCACAACCCAACCAACACCAUUGUAUGCAAAGCGCAGGGUGAGUGGAACGGCACGCUGGAGUUCACCUACAGCAGCGGGGAAACCAAAGUGAUCGACACGGCCAAACUACCCGUCACCAGGAAGAAGCUGCGACCUGUGGAGAAGCAGGGGAGGAUGGAAUCCAGGCGGUUAUGGCAGCAUGUCACCAAGUCUCUGAAGGAAGGGAACAUGGACGAGGCCACGGAGCACAAACACAGACUGGAGGAGUGUCAGCGAGCGGAGGGCAGGAAGAGAGCAGCUGAUAACAAGCCCUGGACUCCCAAAUACUUCACUAAAGAGGGAGACGGUUGGAUCUAUAACAACCCACUGUGGAAGUCUACUUGACAUCGGAACAACACUCAUUGACAGUAACGGAGAGUAAACCAUGGAAACAGACCGCCGGACACGAUGGAGAAGUGAGGUGCCAAAGGGAUCUCCAGUUUAACCAAGAAAGGCUUUGGGACUUAAUACAUUUUUAUAGUAUUGAAGUAGAAUAUUUCUAUUUUUCACUUUGCUAAGGCCUUCUUUUUGCACAUGCUCAGUGACAACAUUGCCACCUGUAUUUGUUUUAAUGAUCAGUAUGUCAAUUCCCAGCUUUAGACCAGAUCCAGUCUCCUGUAACGCACCAUACCGUAGCUGUAAAUGACUAUUUAUGAAGCACUUUUAUCAUGAAGAGAAAUCAACUAUUUUAUACAGUAACUGUGGCUUUUACCAACCCAGGUGGUCUCAGAGCUUUACAGGAAAUAAGGUCACCAAACCAGAUUUAAAAGUGAUAUAAAACAAAUGUACAUGACAAAUGAUGUAUUCGUAUAUAUUAUUACACAGUAUAUUACUACAAAGUUCAAGUCUGCACUAUGAAUGUAUCCAGGCACAUUUUAACCCCCCUUACUGUCUGUAUUUUUGUGUUUCUUCAUGUACAAUACUUCACUUACUUAGUGAAAAACCUCUGCCAAACUGAUGAUUUCCAUCACUACCUCUCAUUUAGCUAUGAUUUUCUUCCAAAAAAAAAAAGCUGCGCAGCUUUGGUGGUUUAAAGUUCCCAGGUCUCCCAUCGGUUUGGAAGGCUGCCUCCGAUGAUGCGAGGAUCAUCUAGCAGAACCAGGAAAUGUGCUGGUUCAUACGCAUAUGUACUCAGUUAAUGAACCGUGUGGCCAACUUUAAGACUUUUUUUUUACAAUAUAAGAUUCAAAUGAAGACUUUAAUUUUUGCUGCAUAGCUUUUAAUUGUACUAUUGUGUUUGGUGUUUACUAGGUGCCAGUUUGUAGCCUCAAAAUCACCAGUUGAUUAUACAUAAACAACCACUGUUGUCUUAACAGACUGGUCCUACAGGAAACUUAACAAGCAGCUACACACAAACACAUGAAGUAGAUGGAGAUUGUGGAUAAAGGACUGUAUAUUAAUAAAGACCUUCUACUGUUUUUAAAUUAAA